CAUUCCGGACAAAUACCGGUGGGGCUGAAUAUCAAGUUGUAUGACAGCCAUUUAGUAUCCAGCGUGCACCUACAGCUAACUUUUCUUGCACGGUCUCCGCGCGCAAGCGUUUCCUGCUCCACGAACCUCUGCGUUGCCUGGGCGCAGGAGCGCUGCGAUGAGUGGCUCAGAACCCGAUGUAGAGGAGGCAGGCAAGGUAGUCACGGAGUCGCAAGCAAAGCGGCAGGCGUCCGUCUCGUCGAAAGAUGGCGCCGUGAAGCCCAACGCCAUCGCAAAGCAUCCCGCAACCAUCACCGAGAAGCAAAUCGAGAUGGGAGCCUUCAAGCGCUUCAUUUCAGGUCCCUACUUUGACGUCAUCCCCUCCCAGUAUGAGCACGUCACGACUUCGCGCGCACACAAGGCGCGACUGCAGCUGAAGGCCGAGACUCUGCCGGCGCCCGGCACCGAGGCCCACGGCGACGGCUGUGGCGAUGAGAAGCCACACGACGCCAAGCUGGAUGCGCAGCUCAAGGCUCUGGAAGAGGAGGACUACCUGGGUCGCCUCAAGCGAAUCGUGACAACCAAGGCUGACACCGACGGCGUGUACGGGCUUACGUAUGAGGAGCUGGUGCCGCUGCCCUUCGACGUGCCCAAGUGGCACGCCUAUAUCCUGGACAUUGCGCUGACCGUGUACCUGGUGGCGCAGGCCACUGUGGUCAUGUUCAUUGCGUGAGCAGCGGGCGCAUGAAGGGCUUGUACUGUUGCAGCUGUCGUGUGUGCCAACUGUCGCACGCUGUCGCUUGCAGCUUACAAUGUUGCCCAUGUUCCUAACCCCCUUUCCUGGGCGUGCGUGCUCCGGCCUCAAUAUUACGGUCGCCCACGUCGCUUCAUGCAGCGUAUGUAAGUCCUCGACAGU